AUGGCUGUCCUGAUCCCUGACUCCACGAAUCUGACCGCAACGCUGGACGCCAACGCCGUGCCGAUGCCUUUCCCGGCUAACGUCUUUCAAGUGCUCAUCGUCGUCAGCUACGCCCUCAACCUCUGCUGGACAUCCCUCGUCUUGCUGCAGGGCGUCUCAGACACGACAUACCUCGCCGCCAUCCGAGCUACUUUCAUCUUCGUCAUCCCAAAGAUCGGCCAAGGCCUCAUGAGCCACGUCAGCGAUGUCGCCAUCCUACGUCCUUGGGCCGUCUGGACAAUCAUCGCCCUUGAACUUGCAGCGUACUCGAUGUUCUCGUUCCAAAUCUAUGCUCAGGUAGCCGCCAACAUUCGAGGUCAACUCCGAGCCCGAGAAGGCGACCGAGCCGAACGUCCAGAAAGAACAGAUGAUACCACUCAGAACGCCUAUCCACGUCGAAUCGCUAUUCCGCUGGUCCGGAAGCUAAGCAACAUUGCGAGCAUCGGCUCUCAAAGAAAAGCUCAGGAGGAAUAUACACCAAAAAAAGGAUUAAUGCUCCUCUUCCCGUCGGUUCCCAAGUCUUCGCGCUCGGCAAACAACAACUCCAACAAGAUCAAGGCUCCUCGGCUCGUCGUUCGGAUCUGCUCGUCGCCCUCGAUGAUGCAAAUCGCCAACCCAGCCAGCGUGUACUGCGUCCAGCAAGGUGGAACGCUCGAGAUUGUCAAGGACAAGGAUGGCAACGAGAUCGGCAUGUGCAGGCUUCCCGAUGGAACCGUCAGGGAGGAGUGGGACUUUUUCCGAUCGUCGCAACCGCAAGACGAGUCGAACUCUGCUCAACUUGAAGACCGAGACACGGGCGCGAGCGACGCACCAGCCCUCAAGCAAGCAUAG